GAUUUAACCGGUUUGAAGGAAACGUGCCACGUGGUUUUGAUGAAAUUUUCUCCGACGGUGUAAAUAGAUUUGUUGGGUUAUAACAUUACGUGUCGAAUUUUAAUUGGAUGACUUGCGUGGCCGUAUUAUUAGUCACAUCGCCGCAGCUCAUAACAAUCGACGAGCGCCUAAUCGUCUACAUCGCCGUCGCUUGUUACCGUCCGGUGCUCGCUUCACAAUCUCAGUUUUUCUUUGCCGGUAUGAAGAUGAGAAUCACGCAGAUCUUGUUAUGUCUGGUAAUAGUUGCAUUGUCCUCAAGCUCCCAUGUCUGGUCGGAUCAGAUCUUCCCAGCUCAUCUAGUUGGAACAUUCAGCAGAAACAAUCGUGAACCAAAGUACAAGAUUGAGUUUCUCCCUGAAGAUUCACCUUUUCACCCGGGUGAUAAUCUGGAAUCUAUGGUUAUGUUGGAUAAGCAUGGGAAUCGAUUUUUAUGUUACUUACCGAAAGAGGAAAAAGCAACGAGUGGAUGGACUUCUAGUCAGCAAAAUAUUAGUACUGUGAUGAUGGAAACACAGAAACAGGUGAAGCUAAAGACUCCUGAUGAAUUGCUUCAACCACUUAGUGAAAAAUGUCUUCUUAGGCAAGAAGGUUGGUGGUCUUAUGAGUUUUGUCAUCAGAAGUUUGUACGGCAGCUACACGUUGAGGAUGAAAACAAGAUUGUACAAGAGUUUUUCUUAGGUACGUUUGACCCAGAGGCAACUGCGGCGUUUAAUCAAACUGUAUCUGAUAUUUCGACUGAUGCUUCUCAGAGGUAUCACUCUCAUGUAUACACCAAUGGGACCACCUGUGAUCUUACAGGAUCACCUCGAGAAGUCGAGGUGAGAUUUGUAUGUGCAGAAACCAGGGCAAUGAUCACUUCGAUCACUGAGCUAUCCACUUGCAAGUACGCACUGACUGUUCAGUGCCCAACCUUGUGCAAGCAUCCGCUGUUCCAGCUAGAGAAACCAGUGUCACACACGAUCCACUGCAAUGCGAUCCCAGUGGAACAAGACGCAACAAGAAACAAUGAAGAACAAAUAGUAGGCGAAUCACCUAAGAUGAUAGCUGAUUCUUGAAAACCGCCUAAGUGAAUCACAAGAGUUAGAGUUAAACAGUGACUGUAUAUAUAAAUACUAGCAUCUCCAUUUUCGGUGUUGCCUGCUGUAGUGAUCAUGGUUUCAAUUGGGAUUGCUUGCCGGUAGGAUGAUGAUACUCUCUCUGUAAUCUUCUGCAUACUUAAAGCAGCAUUUCAAUAGAAGACACUGAUAAAA